AUGCGGAAAGGACAACUCCAAGCGGCUCCACCAGGAAACUGCGGGCCCCCACGGCCCCAUCCCACGGCCGCACGACCCCAGCAGCCAGCCAAGGCGGGUGGGGCGGGAGGGGCACGCAGGCCCCGCCCCCAAUGGCCACCGCCCCACCCUCUGCGCCCUCACACCUUCGCUAACCUAAUCACGCGCCGCCCCUCCCGCCCUUCCGUUGGCAGCGCCGGCGUCCGCGCGGGAAGGUAUAAAAACGACCGCAGCCGCGGCCAGACACUCUGCAGCGCCCGCCGAGCCUCGCGCAUCAGCGCGCACGCGCCUCCCCGCCCUUCUCCUGCAGACGCCGGCCGCUGGCCAAUCAACGGUCGCUCCGAGCCAAAGCAACUUCCCGACAAGUGGCAGCAUGAUCUUUUCGACAGUGGCUUCGGGGGUGGUGCCGGCGUGGAGACGGGUGGGAAGCUGCUUGUGUCAAACCUGGAUUUUGGAGUGUCAGACGCUGACAUUCAGGAACUUUUUGCUGAAUUUGGAACACUGAAGAAGGCGGCUGUGCACUACGAUCGCUCUGGCCGCAGUUUAGGAACAGCAGACGUGCACUUUGAACGGAAGGCAGACGCACUGAAGGCUAUGAAACAGUAUAACGGUGUCCCCUUGGAUGGCCGCCCCAUGAACAUUCAACUUGUCACGUCACAGAUUGAUACACAGCGGAGACCUGCACAGAGUGUAAACAGAGGUGGCAUGACUAGAAACCGUGGUUCUGGAGGCUUUGGUGGUGGUGGUGGCACCCGGAGAGGCACCCGUGGAGGCGCACGGGGAAGAGGCAGAGGCACUGGCAGGAAUUCAAAGCAGCAACUUUCUGCGGAGGAGCUAGACGCCCAGCUGGAUGCCUACAACGCCAGAAUGGACACCAGUUAAACAGCCUGGCAGAUCCAACCAUGGAACAUGACCCAGACGUUCCCUCGUGCUUUCUGGUGGGGGGCGGCAGCUGGGGCUGUGUGGCCAAUGAUGGAUUUGUUUCUUUUAUGUUUUAAAAUAGGAUUUAAAAACUCAUGUAAAGGUUUUUUUUUUUUCUUUUUUUUUUUUAAAUUCUGAAACAGACCUGUUUUGUACCGAGUUAUUUUUGGGAUAAAUUUUACUGGUUGCUGUUGUGGAGAAGGUGGCAUUUUCACCUUUUCCAUAAUAAAAUAGAAAUGUGUGUAGAACUGGA